CCUAGUCAUCCUCACUCACAUAUAUGUAUAUAUUCAUAACGUUUCCUGACUGAUUUUCUGUUUGUUCUCGUUGGAACUGAAACAUGCGAAAACAUAUUUUUCUUAUGUUAUACCAGCACAUUAAGUGUGAGAGUUGCAGGAGCGUGUGAGCAGAGUGAAAGAGGGAGAGAUGAGGAGCUGUGUCACUCUCACUUUAACACACUUAGCCGCCUUCAUUCUUCGGCUUCAGCUGAGCAUCAUGCAACCACAAGUCUCGGUGCUUGCCAGCAAGGUGAUGAUGGAGGGCUGCCCACUUGGCCAGUUCCCCUGUGGGAAUACAAGUGUGUGCUUACCACAGGUUCUCCAAUGCAAUGGUCACAGGGACUGCAAGAAUGGAGCAGAUGAGGAGCAUUGUGGUGAUAACAGUGGAUGGGCUGACAUCUUUGACCGGACCAUUAUAAAGAAAAUUGAUCCACAGGACGUAAUUGAUGAUUGCUCUCUUCAGCAGUAUCCGGAGAGCUGCAACUGCACCAAGACAGAAGUGGAAUGUGUCGGGGUAAAGUUGCGUGUCGUGCCUCUCCUCUCCUCUAACGUGACUUGGUUGUCCCUGAAGAGCAAUGACCUGAGGGAACUUCCUGAGGAUGUCUUCUCUAAAUAUCCUGACCUUCAGCGACUGUUUCUGCAGAGCAACACCAUUCAUACAGUGUCCGACCGUGCAUUCAGUGGCUUAUUCAGACUGAGAAAGCUGUUCCUAAGUCAGAACUGCAUCACUUCCUUGGGACCUGAUGUAUUCAAAGAUCUCCAUAAAUUACAGUGGUUAGUCCUGGAUGACAAUCCCCUGAGGAGUAUCUCUUACGACAUGUUCAUUGGUCUCAAGUCGUUAAUAUUUCUAUCCAUGGUGAACACAUCCCUGGUACAGCUGUCUGAACUAAGCCUCUGUAACUUCAUGCCUCUGCUCAGCUGGCUGGAUUUUGCUGAGAACCAUAUUGAGGUGCUGAACUACUCCACUUUCAGUUCAUGUCAUGAGCUCACAGUACUAUCAUUGCGUGACAAUAAAAUCAGGACUCUUUCUGGAAACACUUUUCAGUCGCUUGGAGCAUUGGCAGAGCUGGAUUUGUCUUGCAACAGGAUUGUAGACCUCCCCAACAACACAUUUAAGAAUUUAAAAUCACUUUUAAAACUAAAUAUAUCCCACAAUCCUUUGAUUCAUAUUCAUACUGGUCAUUUUGAUCACCUGGACCAGCUUGAGUCUCUAGGAUUGGAAGACAUUGAAAUUCCUGAUAUACAAAUAAAGAUGUUCCUCCCAAUGGGCAAGCUGUCUUAUAUAUACUUUAAGGAUUUUCACUACUGUUCCUAUGCACCACAUGUGCGGAAAUGCAAACCCAACACUGACGGGAUCUCAUCUUUUGAGGACCUAUUGGCCAACAUGAUCUUAAGAGUGUCUGUAUGGGUCAUGGCCUUCAUCACCUGCUUUGGAAAUCUUUUUGUUAUUGGAAUGCGAUCAUGCGUUCAUGCAGAGAACUACCUGCAUGCAGUAUGCAUCAAAGUCCUGUGCUGUGCAGACUGUCUGAUGGGGGUCUACCUGUUCUUUUUGGGUGUGUUUGAUUUGAAGUUCCGUGGUGAGUACAAUCGGAACGCACUGCUGUGGAUGGAGAGCCAGGAAUGCCGUACAAUCGGCUUCCUGGCCAUGCUGUCUUCUGAGGUAUCUGUCCUCCUCCUAACUUACCUGACUCUGGAAAAGUUUUUGGUCAUCGUGUUCCCCUUCAGUCAUCUGCAACCUGGGAAGCUCCAGACUGGUGUGGUGCUAGUCUCAAUCUGGCUGCUAGGAUUGCUUAUAGCUGGUGUCCCUCUGCUCAGUGACAACUAUUUUGGCAACUACUAUGGACACAAUGGAGUCUGCUUCCCCCUGCAUUCUGAUAGGCUAGAGAAGCCUGCUGCUAAGGGUUACUCUACAGGAAUAUUCCUGGGACUGAACCUGCUGGCUUUCCUAGUCAUUGUUUUCUGCUACUCCAGUAUGUUCUGCUCCAUUUACAAGACUGGUAUGAACACCACAGACAUGCGCAAUCGCUUGUCCAAAGAUGUGGCUGUGGCCAAUCGCUUUUUCUUCAUUGUGUUCUCUGAUGCCCUCUGCUGGAUUCCAAUAUUUCUGGUCAAAGCAUUCUCUCUUCUGAAGAUGGAAAUACCAGGCACUAUAAACUCUUGGGUAGUGAUCUUCAUACUGCCCAUCAACAGCGCCCUGAACCCCAUCCUCUACACAAUGACCACCAGCUUCUUCAGGGAGAAGGUGGAGCUGUUAAUAUGUCGCUGGCAACACAGCAAGAGCCUCACCAGCAACACGGUCUACAUGGGACCUUCCAGGCGUAUGUUCUACCAUUCAAAAGGCAAACUGUCCCAGAUCUCCUAUCCAGACAUUGAUGCUCAAUAUGGCUGAUGAAACAGAAUAGUGCUGACCUCGUCAUCAACCGCAUCUGCAUUCUAUGAGAUUUGAAAGCUGUACUACAGAAAACAUAACAGGGGACUCGGUCUGCAAGUGGGUUCAAUGUUGCACUGUGUCUCUAGAUUAAUUUUCUCAGUGAGGAGGAUGAAUGCAGAAUUUCUCAAAAGAGAAUAAUGAAAAGCUCUUGAUUCAUUUACAUGCAUCUUCAAAAUAUCACUAAAGAAAUUGAACACAUUGAUGACUCUAAUAUCUCUUGCUCACUCAAAAAUGGAAAAAGGCAUAAUUGCUAAUGUACAACACUGAGAAAAGGGGGAUUAUAUUUGUUGUUUCCAUCAAUGUGGACUAAAUGGGACUAACCAGCAUCUUAAAGAAAAGUAAAAGGUGCAACAUAUUGUGUGUAAUGUCAGUAAUCCUUUGAAAUCUCAAAUGAAUGCUCGUAAGUCACAACAACUUUUCUUAAAUGAAUUGUCUGUAAAGGAUUUCAUUUACACAUUUGCAUUAUUUAUGAGUCAAAUUUCUGAUAAAUCUGUGAGAAACUGUAAAAAUCAUCUUAUUGAAUAUACUCAUAUUUAUAAAUGUCCAAAGGAUCGAUUCAAAGUUUUGAAUGUAUUUAUAACAUAGGAAAAAUGUGACUGAUGAACACAAUAUGAUCACUAUAGAUGUUUAUCCCCUCACCCCUUAUGGCACACCAAAGGAUCUUUGUCGCCUGAUUAUAGUCCCAAGUUAAGGAUUUCCUUCAACUUUGUCCUGUGUAUGAACAACAGCUGUACCUUUAACAUUUUAAAAGUAACAUUUUUUGUAAUGCAAUUUUUAUUGAAUGAUAAACAGAGGAAAAUGUA